AUGAGUCUUUUUAUUGGAAAUCUCUCAAGAAACAUUUCUUUAAAAGAGCUCGAAGAACAGUUCAACAAAUUCGGCCCCUGCAAGAUAAACCACCGCGUUGCGCUAACCCAAGGUGGAUAUGCCUUUGUAGAGUAUAUAAAUGACCAUGACGCCGAAGAAGCAAUGAAAGCUCUUGUUGGGAAAAAUUUAGGAGGACUCUGCUUAAAUAUCGAAUGAUCUAAGCGAUCGCCGAAAUUCACUCAAAAAGAAGCUAAUGGUGUUUCGCAAAAUAAAGAAAAAUUGAAAGACAGAUGCUUUAAAUGUGGGAAGCCAGGACACAUUUCGAGAGACUGUCAAGAAGGCAUGGAGUGCUAUGAAUGCAAAGGAUAUGGACAUAUUGCAAGAGAUUGCCCUAAGCAAAAUAAGAGAAAGUCCCCAAAAAAUAAAAUAAAUAGCCCUAAAAGAAGUAGAAGUCCUAGAAGAAGUUCUUCUGAAAGAUCGUUUUCAAUUGAAAGAGCAGAUUUACCGAAUGAGUAUAUGCCGAGAUUUCCAGAAGCUAAGGAUUUUGAUUUAAAACCAGUGCAGUAUAAUGUGGUAAAACAAGAAUUCGUAAAUGAAGAUAAAGAAGAAAUAAGAGAAAUUAAAGAAGAAAAUAGGGAAAUCAAAGAAGAAAUAAAGGAAAGUGAAAAUGAGCUGAUAAUGGAAGAUGGUUCAAAAUUUAAACUUAUAAGUGGGGAUUUUAAUGAAGAGACUGCUAUUUUUAGAUGCAUGGUGUGUGAGAAAAAUAUGCAAAGAUCAAGCACCAGAAGACAUAUUGGCACAAAGACUCAUAAUGAAAAAUUAAUCAAGUAA